AUGGCGCCGGCUGCCGAGAAGAAGAAAGAGAAAGAGGCAAGUGCAGACAAAAAAGACGACAAAAAAUCGAAGGAUGAGACAAAAAAAGAAGAAGAGCCUGAACUGGUAACUCUCUUUCUGUUUUUUCUGAUUGUUCUUGGGGUUCUUUUGAGGAAAAUGAAUGAAACAAACCAACGUGACUCAUCAACUUUUCUGACUCGUGACAGCGAUUUCUUCUUUUUUUAUGUAUAUAAAAUAAACGAAUAAUUCUGGGAUGUUUAACAGAGCGAAGAGGACAGACUGUUGCAAGAAGAGUUGACAAUGCUUGUGGAAAGACUGUCGGUAAGUCACUUAAAGCUCUCAUUUAACGAUAAAAAUGCUCUCGUGAAAGGAUCGAUCUUCAAACAUGCCUUUCAAUUAAACGAACGAACAUGGAAAGACGGCAUGCAAUUUUGUAAUACGUGACAAUAAAUGGAACUUUAUAUUCUUCAAAGUAAACCUGUUUUUGGACACCAUCUGGGAGGCCUGAAUGACGAAUUAUCGAGUUGACAUCUGCCACUGCCAUUCAACGUAUGCGGCUGUUGGGCUACAAUUCCCGGUGAUCGUACUAGAAAAAAAAAGGCCAACAGAAGCUAGAUCAUGGUUUUUAUGUUUAAUAGAUCAGGGCAUCACUGUUGUAUUGUACCUGUUUAAUCAGCUGGUACAUUCUGUUAUCUUCCUCUCUAGUUUGCUACAAGUUACAUCAAAAGUUUUGGUUCACUUAAACCCUUCAACUCCUUUGAGUGUCAGAGACAGAACUUCUCCAAAAAAUAUCAAAUACAAUAUCAAACAUACAAAUACUGAGAUUUAAGAAAUGUAUCAGCUAGGGUAUUAGUCUGUGACCUAUCCCAAAUUCUCCAAACAAAGAAUUGUAUGACAGAUAGUAAGGACAAUUACAAAUGAGAUCUUGGGAGUUGAGGGGUUGUUAGGAUGUUAUGUAGCAUCAGAGAUUGAAGAAUUCUCAGGCUACCGCACAUAAUUUUUUUUUUACCAAGAACUGAUAUGUAGUUAUUCAAGUGUUACUCAAGUCUAAUCUUCUGCUUGUUUAGUUUUGAUGAAAAUCCUUCUUGAUGUGAAUUAAUUAUUCAAUUUUUGAAACAUUAGGAAUCCAAUGUAUCAUUACACAAACCAGCACUGGAGGCACUGAGGUCACAAAUCAGAGCCAGCACAAGCUCAAUGACAUCUGUUCCUAAACCCUUAAAAUACCUCAGACCACACUUCUCUACUUUGAAAGAAAUAUAUGAGAAAUGGGGUGAUGGUGAAAAUAAAGUAAGUAAGUUAGACUUAACUUAAAACAUGCAUGCCCUGUUAAUGAAGCUGUUUUCCACAAAAGGCAAGUGGUUACACAUACCAAAGGUAAAAUCUAAAUAACUACAUUAAAAUACAAAAAGACUGAAAUAGUCAGGCAAAUCUAAGAUGAUGAGAAGUUGUGAGAAUCAAUUUGGUUUUUAAAAAUAGUUAAGAUUGGCAUAGUCAAAUGUCAAAGGAGAAUAAAACGUUUUUUUUCAAGAAAACAAGAACCAUUAAAUAUACAUGUGUUUACAACUGAUUUAAGACUUAGCAGUUAUGCAGGAUAUAUUGUUCCUCUCUGUCAGGGCAGUUGUAAUUGACACUAGGGACUCCCUGUAUGCCUGUGUAGAGGUUCAGGUUUUUAGUGUAGGUCUGGUUAAUAUUUAGACUGCAAUUUUGUGAUGAAUACCUGAGCCAGGAAAUUAUUACUUUGAAGUUUAUAAUUCUUUUCUUGAUUCCUUAUUUUGUAAUGAAUUUUAGAGAUUCCUGGCAGACAUUAUCUCAGUACUUGGCAUGACAAUCAGUGAAGGCCGGGAGUGUCUGAAAUUUAGAAUGUUGGGAUCAAAAGAGGAACUGGAGUCAUGGGGACAUGAAUAUGUCAGGUCAGUAGACUGCUGUCACAGCAGGUCCACACUUUGCUUGGAUUCAGCUAUGUAUAAUUAUAUGUGCUGUAUCAGUAGCAUGUGUAUAUAUCUGUACAGGCUGUUCAUAUAAAUAUUCCCAAAGCAGUUAACAGUUGAAAGGUAAACAUUUAAAAAAAUGAUUCAUGGUCACUUUGUACCCUGAUCAGAUUGUUCCAAGUCAAAUCUUUUCACAUUAUUGUUAGAUUGUUCCAUAGAUAUACAAGAUACAGGUUUUCAGCUGUCUUAUUUAACAAUAGAAGAUUAAGAGAAAUUUUUAAGAAUAUCUUGUGUACACCAGGAUGACUGUGGUCAAUAUUCAUGGUUUUCUUGACGCUCCUGUUUGAAAAUGGUUCUUUCUUAUAUUUUCCUUGUUUCCUUUUUCCUUUGGAAAGUUGUGGCAGAACACUCACAGGAUCACACAUGUCAGAAGGGAAAAUUGGGUCAUACAUUUAUUUCAUUGAUUCUUGAUUCUCAAUUCUUAAUUCUAUAAACUUGAUUCUCCAAAAUUGAGAGAAUAGAGUUUAUUUAGUGUUAGUAAUAUAUGUCAUAAAAAUAAAAAUAAAAAAAAUUGUAUUUAAAAAAAUUGAAACUCCAAACUUGGUUUUGGCCUUUUAAUUUGUUGGGGAUGGAGGAUUUAGUUUAAAGACUGUCAGCUUUUGUUUAUAAGUGGUACUGUAUUUUUGGAACUGUUCAUUCAUUUCCUCAGUAUCUGAUUAUCAAUCCACAGACAUUUGGCUGAGGAAAUUCGUGGCGAGUACAGUGACAGAUCAGACAAAGGAGGGGGAGUGGAAGAUCUUGUCGCCCUUGCUAAAGAAAUUAUACCAUACAACAUGCAGCAUAAUGCAGAAACUGAGGCCUGUGACUUACUGAUGGAGAUUGAAAGACUGGAUUUACUGGAGCAAUAUGUUGAUCAAAACAGCUUUCAAAGAGUCUGUCUUUAUCUCACAAGGUCAGAAGCUUUAUAAACAGAUAAUAGACAGAAGUGACAGGCAGAUAAUUAUGUUUUUCAGUGUUAAAACUUGGUAACUGUAUGGCAGAGAAUUGUGUUAAGUAACAAGAGAAAUUGCUAGAGAAAUGAACUGACCUCAAACAAGCUUUACAUCCACUGUAAAUUACAUGACUGUGCAAAUGGCCUUCUGUCUAGUUGAAAAAAAAGAUUGACAUUUCUUGUUUUUUUUUUCUUGCAGCUGUGUGAGUUAUGUUCCUGAGCCAGAAGAUAGUACUUUGUUGAAAACUGCAUUGAAAAUUUUUAGAGAGUUUGACCGCCAGCCAGAGGCUAUGAAGUUAGCCAUCCAACUGAAUGAUGUAGAUCUCAUCAAGGACAUUUUUCUUUCAUGUAGUGGAAGGUAAGUUCUACAUCAUGCUUUAGUUACAUUUUGGGCUCAGUUGUAUGAAGGGUAAAUGCUAUGCAUGGUGCAAUUGGUCAUCCAGUAGACAAUUUUUGACCAAACUUAUGGCACAAUCCAGCUCUAUACUGUUCUCUGUGCCUUUCCUAUGUUGCUGACAAGGGAAAUUGGGUUAGCAAUCAAGAAUUUCUUUAGUUGGUGAUCACUUCCUUUAUUCUGAUGUCCUUAAUUAGUAAUACAACGGUGAUAUUUUGAGGAGAAAUUAGAUGGUAGUCACUCAUGGAGGUUGAAGGGUUGACUCAGUUACAAAGUGAACAAAGAUUGUUUUUCUCCUAACAGUGAUGAGAAAAAAUUAAUCCAGAGACAGAUGGCAUUCAUGUUGGCAAGACAACAAGUCUAUCUGGAGCUUGAUGAAAACAUGGAUGACUAUGAUGAGUUGGUGGAGAUCAUGUCCAAUGCACAUUUAAACAACAAUUUUCUCAGUCUUGCUAGAGAGGUGAUGAACUCAUUACAGUUGUAAUUGAAUUUUUGUUGGUAAUUUUCCAACACUCAAAGAGGUUUUAAAUAAAUAUUACAAAACUGCAUCUUAGAAUAUAAAGGAUUAAUGUACAGUGUACUUUAUGUCAGGAAUUGUUAAGAAGGGGUCUGAAGACUUCCUCUAUCUAUACCCAAGAAACAUGAUCCUUCUGUAUGCAAGAGAAGAUUAUACAUAUAACUUGACUUCCAUCUCCCUGAAAUCAUACUUAACCCUUUAACUCCCAAGAUCUAAUUGUUAAUUCUCCCCUCCAGCUUCUAUACAUUUCCUUGUAAAUUACUUAGGGGAAUUUGGUCUUAUAUCAAGAUAAUGACUUUUACCUGAUAAUAUUGAGUAUUCUCAUCACCCAUGUGUGAAUAAUGUAUGGAUAUUAUAGGGAGAAGUUACAUGUAAGUCACCUCUGGGAGUUAAAGGGUUGAUCAACUGUGAUGUACUUGAGAGGGUACAUGUUUAAGGCAGAAACUACAUAUGCAAGGAUAUUGUUAACUUCACAUUGCCUAUACCCUGCAGUGCAUGACACAAAUACUUUGAUUACUAAUAAUUUGAUUGUUCAUACAUUUUGUGGUGCAGUUGGAUAUCAUGGAGCCUAAAGUUCCUGAGGAUAUUUAUAAAACACAUCUAGAAAAUAAAGGUAUGAACUCUAUUCUGUUCUUAUCUUUUAACAGAAAUUUAAUUAUUGCUUUAUAGCCUAUAAAACAUACAUAGAUUGUCGUUUUACUUACACUGGUAACUCAAGACAGAUGUUUGGCAUCCUUCAUUUUAUAGAUUGUCUUAUCAUAGAGUGUUAUUCAGCAAAGGCUGUCUUUCCUAUACAUUUAUCUUAAAUUUACUCAAAUAAGUGUUAAAAUGUUUUUUUCUUUGCUUCCAGGAGUUUCAAGUGGUGUUGCAUUGGACUCUGCAAGACAAAAUUUAGCUUCCUCAUUUGUGAACUCUUUUGUGAAUGCUGCAUUUGGUGCUGACAAGUUGUUAACAGAGGAUGGUAACAAAUGGAUUUAUAAAAACAAGGAGCAUGGUAUGAAUUUAUAGCUAGAAAAGCUACUUUUUUAAAUUGUGUGUCAGAAAUGAUCCAUAAUUGCAUUAAUUUUUCUUCAUUAAGCUCUAUGAUUUAUCAAGAAAACAUGCGCCACCUUCUCAACUGAAAUGGUUCAAAAUUAAAACUAAUUCUGUUGGAAUUGUUGCUUUCAUUUUCCUACACUGUAUAUUUCAGAAAGUUUACUGGAAAUUAUUUUGAGGUCUUGUUGACACUCAGCAGGAAUUUUAGGUACUGGUACUCAAACUUACUGUUGGUGAGGGGGCCGCGAUCAUUUUUUUGUGUGUCAUACUUGUAAUGAAACAAAUACCUUGAUUCCUUUUAUUAUUUUCAGGUAUGAUGAGCACAACAGCAUCACUUGGCCUGAUUUUGUUAUGGGAUGUUGAUGCAGGACUCACUCAGAUUGACAAGUAUUUAUAUUCCACUGAGGACUAUAUCAAGGUACAUGCACAAGGAUUUUACAGUACCACAAUAACUGUAGCUUAUUCUGCUAAUUCUGUCCUGUGUAUCAUCUUACAUUCCUGUGCCUCUGUUGGCUUCCCACUGUUAAGUCAUCAGUGUCAAAAAAACUUUGUAUUGAUCACUGCAUGGCGAAGCUAGACAGGUCAUAUGUAGAUGUAAUAGUCUUUGGAGUCUAGAAAGUACAGGACUGCAUAGUUUAAAAGUGCUCAUAGAUGUUAGUCAAUAGCUGGCACCACCCACAGUCCCUUUCUGCACCCAGUAGUAUAAAUGGGUACCACCAUCUACCAGAGACAAAAGUAACAGGGUUACCUACAAAGGACUCAUAUCUUGUUUAGGAGAAAUAGCUGUAAUUUUCCUUGUUGCUCUCUAUUAUGGAACUUGAAAUACGCACUAUCAUUAUUGUGCCACAAGCCUUUUAAAACUUAACUUGCAAAUAAGGUUGCCUUCUGUAAUAAUUGUUCAUGUAGUUUUUGAAGAUUCAUGUUAUUGCUUGUAGGCUGGUGCUCUUUUGGCUUGUGGCAUAGUUAACUCUGGUGUGAGGAAUGAAUGUGAUCCAGCCCUGGCUCUGCUAUCAGAUUAUGUUCUGCAUAACAAUAACAUCAUGAGACUUGGAUCGGUUGUUGGGUAAGCUGAGGGUUUGGUAAUUUGUGUAAUUUUGUGAUUUUAAAUGCACUCUUGAAAGGGUGCGUGUAGUCAUGUGAAUGUACUAUUUCCUCACAUGUAAAAAGAUGGAUGGUGGAUGCCUGUGGUGUGCAUAGGGUUCUACUGCAUCCAACCAACUAUCGAAUUCUACACCCAUGGACAACAAAUCCUUGCAACUUAUGCACCUGUCAACACUGAUUGGAUCACUGGUGGGGGGGAGGGGAGAACACUUGAACAAAACAUCUAAACAACUAUUCCUUUCAUUUCUUUGGCUGUAAAUGAACAUGAUUACUUUCCCACAAUCAUUAAGUCUGCAGAAAACUAUGUGCUCCAUGCAGUUACCACUUCUAUUUCUUCAAUUUAGCUCUAUGUCAUUAAAAAAAAGUUGAAAUAUCGUAGUUGCAUGUUCAGCGACAGUAUACGGUCAAUUUCCUCCUUGAAGAGGGAUGUUUUUCUUCCCUGGGUAAUCCUACCUGGGUUUGUUUUUACUCUGGUCUUUGGAACAGUUGAAUCAUUAGAAUUUGCUGUGUAACCACUACAUGUAUGUCUCUCCCAGGCUUGGUCUUGCGUAUGCUGGUUCAAACAGACAAGAAGUUUUGUCCCUGAUUCUUCCCGUUCUUGGUGACCCAAAGUCGAACCUAGAGGUGAGAUGUUUAACUACUGAUUAUUUGUACAUCUACUCUAAGCUUCUUUUACUUAAUUACGAUUUGUUUUUUUCGUUGCAUAGGUGAUUGGUAUGGCGAGUAUAGCUUGUGGCCUUGUUGCUAUUGGAACAUGUAAUGGGGAAGUUACGUCAACCAUACUUCAAACAAUGAUGGAGCGCUCUGAAACAGACGCCAAGGACACAAAUGCUCGGAAUUUAGCCCUGGGUCUCGGUUUGACAUUUUUAGGUGAGGCAGUAAUUUCAGAAGGCAAAUUCUCCCAACGUUUGCCUCACUUUUGUUACAGUAAGUUGUCGUGAUAAGAAUUUGGUUCUCACGCCAACAAAGUGCUUGCGACCGCCUUCGACUUUCUGCUGGCUCUGCUACAGGUCGUUGUUUUAAGUUUGUGUAUUUUCUCUGGGGAAAAAGCAUUUGCAUCUGUUGCCAGCAUAAGAAGGUAAUUUACAAUUUUUCGUUUUCCAGUUUUUAGGAGCAGAGAAGUACCGGUAUUUUUCGGUCAUCGUUUCUUUUUGUAGAUACUUUUAGGGUCUAAUUUUGUACGAUUGGCUUUUUUUCACUUCCAGGUAAACAAGAGGCUGCGGAGGCUACCCUUGAAGCUCUUAAAGUCAUCCCAGAACCUCUUGCGAAGUGGGCAACAAUCCUUGUCGAAAUCUGUGCAUAUGCUGGUGAGUUGUGUAUUUACAGGCGUGGAUGUUGAUGUUAAGUAGAACAGAAUUUUCUUUGCGCAAAUUAUUUUAGCGAGGGCUCAUUUAAUCAAAGGAUUUGGAAAACAUCCAAAACGAUGUCGAAAAUGUCAUGGAAAGUUAUGGAGUUUUAAAAUUCGAAAGAGUACGAGGUGGUAGGGGUGGUAUUGUUGUGGAUGAUGCUCUAUGGAGAGGUGUCCAUUCAACUGAGAAGGUGGUAGUUCAGGGGAACAAAGAAGGAACAGCUUCACUGUACCUAAAGUUGUUGUUUCGAUGAUGGAUGACGAUGAUAAAAAAUAAAAUAUUAAUUUAAAUUUAAAGUUUUCAAGGCGCACAAACUGACGUACAGUUGUACAGUACAUACGUACGUUGUUAGACGCUUUUAUACUGUUGUGUGCAGUUCCUAAUCUUAUCAAGACCUGAUCUUACCUUUCAUCUUGCCUGACACAAACUUUUGUUUGGCUUGUAUCAGGAACCGGAAAUGUUCUCAAAAUUCAGGAGAUGUUGCACAUCUGUAGUGAGCAUUUUGAACAGAAAGAUGACGAAGAAAAAGAAAAGGAUUCCAAGGACAAAGAUUCAAAGGACAAAGAUAAAGAUAAAAAAGAGGCAGAGAAGCCAGAUGAUGGCAGCCACCAGGGUGUGGCUGUAUUGGGCAUCGCUUUAGUUGCUAUGGGGGAGGAAGUUGGCUCUCAGAUGGCGCUCAGAACCAUGAAUCAUCUGGUAUGUUAAGAAUUUUUACAUCUUUCAGGACACGAAUUAGUGCCCGCGUUCAUUUUUCUUAGGUAAUGUUAUGCUGUUAUUCGUGGUGUUUAAGAUACAUCCUGGCAUUCAUUUCCCUUUGCUACGGUUAUAGGGAUGUGCUUCAGAAAAAGUGACCUUUCAAUUUUUUAACGGCCAGGUCUACAUAACUUAACUUUGAAAUGGUCCAUUUGCUAAUUUUAGUAAACAGUUAGGUCGAGGGCCUCCUGUAUGGAAAGAAAAGUAAAGAAGAUCACAAGUUUAAUUAUCGGUCAUCCAAUAGUGAAGUACUGAAUGUGUUUGUUUUCUUACAGCUACAGUAUGGUGAACCCGUGAUACGCCGUGCGGUGCCAUUGGCUCUUGCUAUCCUAUCAGCUUCCAAUCCACAACUGAGUAUAAUCGACACUCUUAGCAAGUUGUCACAUGACAAUGACGCUGAAGUAUCACAUAACUCCAUUUUUGCCAUGGGAGUUGUCGGUGCAGGUAAGCUAAAAAUAAAAACAUUUAAAAGGGAAAACGUCACGGUCUGAUGUCACAUUGUUUGGCAACAUUAUUUUUUUUAAAGUCUGCAUAAGUUUCUUUAAUUUUUGUUAUUCAUCUGUACAAUAAGUCUCGCUGUAGAUUCCCUAUUUUGAACUGCACGUUUCUCUAAAUUAACAGCAAAAUUUUUUUGUGCAAAAGAGAAAUGUUUUUCGCGAGAUUGGUUUUCACACGCAAUUUAAAAGGUGGCCUCUCAGGUUUUGCUCUCAAAUUUGCCUCCCUUUGAAGCAUCUUAGUAUUGCCUUGUAUUUUUCACCUACAGGUACCAACAAUGCACGACUCGCGGGAAUGCUCCGUCAGUUGGCCAUGUAUUACCACAAGGAUGCAAACAAUCUGUUUAUGGUGCGACUCGCACAGGUGAGUGUAAGGCUGUAAUGCAGAGCUCUUCGGCAAACGAGCCUGGCUACCAACUUGAUAGCAGUCUGUAGUACAGGCUUCACCUUAAGGUCACCGACGUCUGAUUAAAUUCUGAGCUGAAGUGGAAGGAAGGGGUCUAAAACGAGAAGACGUGUUUUCUUGCGCUUCCGUUUUUUCCCGGACAAUCGAUGAACGGAAUAUUCAGGAUUUUUCCUUUAAUGUUAUUCACCCUCGUUAUAUUAGCCGUCUUAGGAGUGUCCUCAUUAACAAAAUUCCAUAGCAACGGCCAUAUGUUAUUUAUGUUAAACAUGAAAACCUUUAUCGAGUGACAACGGAAACUAAAGAGUUUCUAAAAUCUCGCUGUUUGAGACGCGAUGUUAAUGUUUCUUGGUUCUGACGAUACUGUAUCUUCGGUUGCCACAACUCGUGGAGUUAGAGAUAGCCUUUUUUUACUUGAUGAGGGUUGUACAAUUUUUACCAAUUCAAUUUUGUAUAUAUAUAUUUUUUUUUUGUCAUUGGUGUUGCCUUUAGGGAUUAGUCCACCUUGGUAAAGGUACGCUUACACUCGGACCGUAUCAUUGUGAUCGCUCCUUGAUGAUGCCUGUUGCUGUCGGUGGCUUGCUGUCUGUCCUCUUGUCGUUCUUGGAUGUGAAGAACGGUAUGGAAAUAUUUCUUUUUUCACUCAAGAAGAUUUUUGACAUUUCUCGCGGGCGUGGGGCGAAGAAAAAAGUAUGGUUUCCUGAUAAGAGUACGCUCUCCAACCAAUUCCGAUUUCGCGAUCGGUUACUUAACGAAUUAUGCUUAGAAGAACUCUAUGAUAAACUACGCCAUAAACUGGGUUCGAAUUUUGACAUCUAGCAAGUUACAUUGCUUGAUGUAUUGUUUGGCAGGUGAUAAGUCCUUUUUUUUUUUUUUUAAGUGUAGUAUCAUUUGUUUCUAUCAUGACUCUAUGUUGUUUCUCUUCAGUAAUUCUUGGUAAAUCGCACUAUGUGCUGUUUAACCUGGUAUCUGCAAUGCAGCCUAGAAUGCUUGUCACGUUUGACACAGACCUACGUCCUUUGCCAGUCUCUGUCCGAGUUGGCCAGGUGAGAGUGAUAAAUAGACUUUCUAGUGAAGAGGAUGACGGAUUUUGAUAUUUAGCUUGUUGCUCCUUACUGUUCCUUUGAAUUGUUUCAUCCUAGCCAUGUCUCGUUUCUUCUUUAUCUAUUGAAAGUGGUAAAAACCACCUUCAGCGAUUAUUUGCGAAAAUAAAAUGCAACGCAUAUAAGAAUAACAGUCGUAAAUUACAGAUCUUGACUUGAGUUAUUGGGCGUCAAAGGCCAUAUAGCAGUUUUGAUGUCUUUUUUUUUUUUUUUUUUCUAUUUCUUCUUUCAAAAGGCGGUUGAUGUGGUUGGCCAAGCAGGAAAGCCCAAGACAAUAACAGGAUUUCAAACUCACACCACUCCUGUGCUGCUUGCGUAUGGAGAACGAGCAGAGUUAGCCACAGAAGAAUGUAUCCUUUACACUUUCUACAACUAAUUUGUUUUUGUCCCUGACUCUGGACGAAUAGCCUGUGCGCAUGCCGUCAUAAUCAGCUCUUCGGUACGAGUAUUUCUUGGCCCACGGGAGGUCUGUAAGGGGUCUGGAACUGAUUAUUAGUGCCAGACCUCCGGCAAACGCUCCCCCAAUUUGUCUCAAAUCUUCACGCGGGCGGAAAAAGGCGCGUCCUGCAGCGCUUACUAUUAAGGGGCCAGCUCGCUUACUAUGAGACGAAAUGACGCAAUACCGCUUUCAUUUUUGUCCGCUCGGGCGUUACUCUUUCUGUCUAGAUACGUGUUAUUGAAACAUUGGCGAAAUUGUGAGUUAAACUGCUUAUAUUUUGCUUAACCAUGGAUCAGACAUUUCGCUCGCGCCGAUAAUGGAGGGUUUUGUCAUCUUGAAAAAGAAUCCAGAAUAUGAAAAGGCAGAGAGCUAAAUUGUCGAGACAUGGGUGGCACGUUUGUAAAUAAACUUUACAACUGGUAAUAGACUGCCGAGUAACAGACCUCUUCAGUGCGACA